AUGCGUGGUGGGGUAGAGGAUUCUCGUCUGCGCCCCCUACUGUGUAUGGCGGGAGGUGCAGCCGCGGCGGCCGGCGUUUACAGAUACAUUAAACGAAGAGAGAAAUCAACCUCGGAACCCGGGAGCACAACUGGAGCCGAAGACCCAAUGUGGGCUACAGAACUGAAUCUAGUCCAACCUUCAGAGUGUCCCCAGGCCCAGGUCGUGGAUACUGUGAAUGAGGCUAGGGAGAGAAUUGAAAUGCUUAUGGCAUCCAAUGCUCAGCUGGUGAACAAAUUGAAGGAGCUGGAGCGACUGCUCUCUGAGGCCAGAAGAGACGCUGACAUGAAAAGCAAGCAGUGUGAGCGAGACCAGAAGGCUCACACCACCCUGAAAGCAGAGAAGGAUGAAAUACAGAAGACUCUAAUUCUCAAGGAGGAGUUACUAAAGGCUCACACCAUCCUGCAGAUGAAGAACGAUGAAAGAAAGAAAACUCUUAUUUAUCAGGAGGAGUUACUGAAGGUCACACUGGCUGAAGCUCAGGAGAAAGAGAAGAAGGCUAUAGAGUCUAUUACUCGGCUUGAGGCUGAGAAGUCUGAGUUGACGAACAAAGUUAAGGAACUGCAGAGCACAGUGGAGAAACUGGGGAGGCUGCUGGAUAAGAAUCAGAGGAAGUGUGAAGAUCUAACAAAUGAGUGUGAGCGAGAGCUGGAGGUUCACACCAUCCUCCUGGCAGAGAAUGAAGAAAUGAUGAAAACCCUGAUACGACAGGAGAAGUUACUGAAGGUCACACGGGCAGAUGCCAAGGCCAUUGCUGUUCUGGAGGCCGAGAAGUCAGACUUGAUAGAUAACAUAAAGAAACUGCAAAGCACAGUGAAGGACUUGGGAAUCCAACUCUACAAGACCCAACACGAGCAUAAGCAAGAGCAGGAGGCUUAUACCAUCCUCCAGGCACAGAAGGAUGAGUUAAAAAAGACUCUGAUUCAGAACGAGGAGUUACUAAAGGAGAAACAGCAGAAGGCUGUACGGUUCAUUACUCAGCUUAAGACUGAGAGGUCUGAGUUGAUGGACAAAGUCAAGAAACUGCAGCGCGCAGUGGAGAGACUUGAGGGGUUGCUAGAUAAGAUCCAGAGGAAGAGUGAGGAUCUAACUAAUUCUUGUCUAGGUUAUGAAGGCUUUCCCUUCUUAGGAGGAGGAGGCAGUGCCCUCAGCCCAAGGAAUUGUGUGCUGGUGCAGAAAAACAUGACCAAAGGUGGAUUUUCUGAAGGUGCCAGUCUGAAUCUCCACGUGGAUAAAAGAGUCAUGCUUUCCAAUAUCCCUAUUAGAACAUCCUCUUACAAGCUGUCUCCCAGAUUCAUUGGCCCCUUCACCAGUGCCAAGAUCAUCGACCCCUACACUAUUAGACUUAUGGACUUGUUCACACUUGCUGAAGCUCAGGAGAAACAACAGAAAGCUGUAGAGUCCAUUACUUCACUUGAGACUGAGAGGUCUGUGUUGAUGGACAAAGUGAAGGAACUGCAGAGCACAGUGGAAACACUGUCAAGACUUGUGGAUAAGAAUCAAAAGAAGUGUGAAGAUCUAAUGAAUGAGUGUGAACAAGAACGAGAGGCUCACACCAUCCUCCUAGGAGAGAAUGAGGAAAUUAAAAAAAAUCUGAUACAGCAGGAGGAGUUACUGAAGAUCUCUCUGGCGAAUGCUAAGGCGAAAGAGAAGAAAGCUGAGGAAGACAUUGCUAAUCUGGAGGCUGAGAAGUCUGAGCUGAUUGCCAAAGCGAAGAAAAAGCAGAGCACCAUGGAGAAAGUGAGGAAUGCGCUAUAUAAGACUGAAAAGAAGUAUGAAGAUUUAACAAAUGAGAAACAGCAGAUAGCUGUAGAGUCCACUACCCGGCUUGAGACUGAGAGGUCUGAGUUGAUGGACAAAGUGAAGGAACUGCAGAGCACAGUGAAGAAACUGGGAAAUCUAUUGGAUAAGGAUCAGAGGAGGUGUCAAUAUCUAAUGAAUAAAUGUGACCGAGAACCUCACAGCAUUCUUCACGCAGAAAAUGAGGCAAUAAAGAAAACUCUGCUGCAAGAGGAGCAGUUACUAAAGUUUGUGUAAUUUUAGGUCACACUGGUAGAUGGUGAGAAGAAACAGCAGAAGGAUGUGGAGGCCAUUGUUGUUCUGGAGGUCGAGAGGUCAGACCUGAUAAAAAAUGGGAUUAAACUGCAAAGCACAGCCGAGGACAGGAUUGUGAGCAAAAACGGGAGGCUCACACCAUCCUCCAGGCAGAGAAAAAUGGACAAAAAAGAG